AUGCCAUCGCCGCCCUCCCCGUGCCCGGCAAGGGCGAAGAACUUCACUGUUGAGGCAAUCUGGUACCCCCAACAGGCUGAAAAUACCAAUCAACCCAAGCAGCUACAAACCUUGAUUCUGGGCCAGGGGUUCGAUGCCGCUCAAGAGGACUUGUAUUCCACACUCGUGGCGCCCGCAUUGGCACGCGGGUGGAACGUCAUCUCCUGCGAAGGACCUGGGCAGCCCACGGUACGCCGUUUUCAGGGACUCGGUUUCGUUCCGGACUGGGAGCGGGUCGUGACCCCAGUUGUUGAUUACCUAUUGAACGAGAAAGCGGCUUUUGUCGACCGGCAACGAUUGGCCCUCUUUGGCAACUCCCUCGGUGGCUAUCUUGACGCCCGCGCCGCAGCCUUUGAGCCUCGACUAUCGGCCCUCCUGCUCGACGGUGGCGUUUGGGACAUGUAUGAUGGCUACAAAGGGCACUUGACCCCGGCCUUGGACGAGCUCCUCGAGUCCGGGGAUCAGGAGGCCUUUGAUAAUGAGAUGAAUGCAAUACAAAGCAACCCAAACACGACAACCGAGUUGAAAUGGGGCAUCCUUCAGGGUCUUUGGGCAUUCAAAACCCACUCUCCUUAUUAUUUCUUCCAACAGACAAAGAACUACACGUUGAAGGGCGGUAUUGCGGACAUGAUCCAGAUGCCAACCUGGAUUGCAGAUGGGGAGUGCGAUGCCACGUUCCCCGGUCACUCGGAAAUGGUCAAGGACGCAUUGGGUGAUCGUACCGCCCUGCAUAUCUUCAAGGGAACAGCUGGAUUCCACUGCCAGACAGGGGCACCGCAGGAGUUGGGUCGGGUCCUUGUUUGCCUGGCUGAAUCAAACACUUAG